AUGGGCGGGGGGGGGGGGGGGGGGGGGGGCGGCAGCGGGGGGGGGGGAUGGGGGGGGGUGGGGUGGAGGGGGGGGGGGUUUGGCGCGGGGGGGGGGGGGCGGGCCCCUGUCCAGUUUCGGCCUGGUAUCUGCGAGGGGGUGGCAGCGACAACCCACGAGUGGACUGUUGACCUUCACAGGACAGGAAAAGGUCACCAGAGCGGUCGGGUUUGGUUUCUUGAGCUCGACGAGAGAAGGCUGACGAUGCGCCCCUCGUGCGCCUUGACCGUGGUCCCAGUUCCGACGCGUCAGACACAAGACGAAACCAGCAUCAUCUUCUCCGCCUCCUCCUGUCUUAUUUUAUCUAUUUACCUGUCCGCCUGUGUGUUUUCCAUCGCCUUAUCCCUCGCCGCGAUCGCAAACAUAGCACAAACCCCCAGAGGCCUGGGCGAUAUGAAGGAGAGGGUCUCUCACAAACCGCUUCGGUCCUCCUCGGGAGCACCGACCAUCUCAAAUAGGAAGAUUGCAAAGUUGCGGCAGCAGCUCCAGCCAGCAAACGCAGCAUCCGUCAUCGUAGAGAAAAAGAGCGCAAGAUCGCCCUUUAAUGGCAGCCACAAGCCCCCCAUUACAUCCAAUCUCAGUACAUCAGAUUCAUUUGUUUCACAUCUGUUUUACAUGUGGCGCGUCCCCUAUGCCCAAAACCAUCUUGAUACCCCAUCUCCCAUCGGCAAGUUCGUCCGCCAGAGCCCCUUCGUUUUCGUCCACAGCGAUGGAGGGUCACAACCAGGAUAUAUGAGCGGCUCAUCAACACGGUACACCCCGGAAUGA